AUGGUUACAAUUUCUAAGCCAACUUUACGACGUAUCCCAGUGGACGCUCCCAUAGAAGAGUUUAUUGAAGCUAUAAAAAGGGACGGCGGCUGUAUCUGUACGAACUAUGCCACAAUAGAAGAUGUUGCUGCCGCAAAUGCAGAGGUGAAACCUUUCUUAGAUGCUGAUAAACCGUGGCAAGGGAAACUCUUCCCACCAGAGACUCGACGUUGUAAUCGGCUUCUAUGGAGAAGCCCUACAUGUCGAGAGAAGUUCUUUAUGCAUCCUCUUUAUCAGGAACUAGGAGAGUAUUUCCUCUCUUCUACAGACCCAACCUGGUACGACGAGAAGUGUACCUACUACACCUCACAUCCCCUUCUCUCGGCUGCUCUCGGCAUCGAUGUCCGCCCCAAGGCUGUCGGACAACGUCUACACCGCGACGACAAAAUGUAUCACACUCGACACACCGAUGCUACUCACACAGGAUGGACAGUAGGCCGAGAUGAUGGAUUUGGUCUCUUUGUCCCCGGCAUCAAAACCACAGUCGAAAACGGCGCCACGCGUAUGAUUCCUGGCUCCCACCUUUGGGGUGACGAUAGAGGGGCCAACUCCAACGACGCCAUCUAUGCUGAAAUGGAAGUUGGGGAAGCAGCAUUCAUGCUAGCUUCUACAUAUCAUGGUGGCAGUACUAAUAAUUCGAAGGACGAGAACAGAAUGCUGUUGGCAAUGUUCAUGUGCAAGGGAACUUUGAGGCAGGAGUUCGCGACUUUGCUCGAGUAUCCCCCAGAGGUAGCAAAAGGUUUCUCCAAGGAGUGCCAGGCGAGGUUGGGCUAUAUGAUCAGCAGUCCUAACUGUGGAAUGGUUGAUAUGAGAUCACCGGAUUUCUUGCUGCAGGAUGAUUUUGAUGAAGUGCCUCCCAACGUAGAUGUAGAUGCUGCCGAAUGA